CAUGUAUUUCCAACGCAGUCUUUUGGCGGGAACGCGCCGAGACGCUUGUCUAUGAAGCGGCGGGAAACUCGCGCGAACUUUGACAUUCGAAAUUUGAAACUAUUUUCUUUUUAAAAGUGUAGAGCUAACCGUUUUAGUGAAGUGAAGUUCUGUACAGCCAGUAGUAUUUUGCUACUGAUUUAAAGUGUUUUUUUAGUAGAAUCCUCCGUGUUAUUAAUAAUUUUAUGCAAUCAGAGAUUGUAUGUGAAUGUGCGUAUUUAGUUUUCUUUCGUUAUUUGUGUGGGAUUCAGUGUUUAUUGUUUGUGUUUGCAGAUACUUCAGCUAUAUCCUUUAAAAAAGCAGCGACAUCUGAAGUGCAGCAAACACGUCGGUCCUUGAGCAUCGGUGAAAAAACUACCUUAUCCAAAACAUGGGAAAUAUCACAAUCUGGACCAAUACAUGAAUAAAACGCAUCUUACCACAAAAUAUGGAUGUCCACCGAAAAAAAACUAAUUUAAAAACAGCUAUAAUGGUUUUACUAAUAAAUCUAUGCAUCUGCAAUAGCAAAAAAGAAGAAAAUGACGAAUAUAAAACAAAAUAUACAAAUACAAGCUUAAAUUUGAUAAGCGAAUACUUAGAUAGGACUCUAAAUGUAGAUAUAGUUAAAAGAAUUGACAUACAAAGUAUAAACACUAAUAUUAAGAACACAGAUGACAUCAUAAAUAUAGAAAAAUCAAGACAUCUACCAAACCCGGAAGAAAUGAAAUCAGAUAAGAUCGUAGAGCUAAAAAUCAACAGAACUGACACCAUAGAAUACGAAAGACUUGUAGCCAACGGAACAGAAACUUACGAUUUCCUCAAUUUUACCGAAGAGCCUUGUGUUGGCGAGCCAGAGUACUGCAACAUGACACGAGAAGAAUACUUGGAAAUGUUGGACGACUACAUAUUUCCUCAACCCUACGAAUGGGUACUCAUAGGUACUCAUGCAGUGGUAUUCUUCAUAGGGCUUGUGGGAAAUGCUCUGGUAUGCAUAGCGGUGUAUAGGAACCAUGCUAUGAGGACAGUGACGAACUAUUUCAUAGUGAACCUGGCGGUGGCGGAUUUCAUGGUGAUCCUCAUUUGUUUGCCUCCGACGGUGUUGUGGGACGUUACUGAGACAUGGUUCUUUGGGACGGCUAUGUGCAGGAUUGUGCUGUACUUUCAGUCGGUGGCGGUGACGGUGUCAGUGCUGACCUUGACCUUCAUCUCGGUGGACCGCUGGUACGCGAUCUGCUUCCCGCUCAAGUUCAAGUCCACGACGGGGCGCGCCAAGACCGCUAUCCUGAUCAUCUGGCUGCUCUCUUUGCUGUUCAAUGUUCCCGAAUUCGUCGUCCUGCAAGUGCAGAGGAAAAUGGCCCUUCGGUUCGACGUGCAGUACUUCAUGCAGUGCACCUCCACCUGGUCACACGAUAGUGACCUCAAGUGGCACAUCAUAAAGGGGCUUUUCCUUUACACAUUUCCUCUGCUGCUGAUGACGAUAGCGUACUGCCAGAUCGUGCGCGUGCUGUGGCGCUCCGACAACAUCCCCGGACACACCGAGUCGCACAAGCUGUGCACUGGGACCAACAACUGGUUGGCAGCGUCCCGCCGCACGGUGCCGUCAAUCCACGCAAACGCCUCGACCGAGGGCCAGCUGCGCUCGCGCCGUAAGGCCGCCAAGAUGCUGGUGGCCGUGGUGGCCAUGUUCGCCGUGUGCUACUUCCCCGUGCAUCUGCUGUCUGUGCUGAGGUUCGCCUACGACGUGCGACAGAGCGAGGUGAUGACGGCCAUCUCGCUCAUAUCCCACGUGAUGUGCUACGCGAAUUCCGCCGUCAACCCGCUCAUCUACAACUUCAUGAGUGGCAAAUUCCGACGGGAGUUCCACAGAUCCUACUUCAGGUGUCUCUGCUGCUGCUACAGCGCCGACGCUCCAGACCGCAACGGCACUUGUUUCGCCCCAAUCGGGAGCUCCCGAGCCGGCACAACCAGGACCAUUGUCAGACGAAACGACUCCUGUGCGAGCUAUCGCCUCACCCACUUGUCACCUUCCAACCACAACAGCAUCAACAGGGACUACUUUAGGAAUACCAAUACUUCUUUUAUCGACCCCAUGAAUGGUCCCCAAAGACAGAAGGUACGAGACGACGCCAUUAGUGAACCAACAGCUAGGUUCAGUCUGACCACUGAUGUGGGUAAGGAUUGACAAUUAGGACCGAAGAAAGAUAGACAUUUCCCCAAUGAACUUAGAGUUACGGACGGUAUCGAGACCUACAUAGCUAGGAGCACGAAUAGUAUUGAUUGUAAGCCUCAUUAUGAUUGUUUUAAGGACCAUAGUGGCAAGUGCGACCCUCUGAGUAAGAUGAAGGUGAUAGAAGAUAGAGUGAAUGUGAUAGAAGAGAGACACAGUGAUACGUAUGACUACCGAGAUGGGGAGACAGAGUGGAAGGAACUGUUCACGGUUAAAGAUGACAAGAAAAACGGGUUUAAGUUUAGGUUUAAUCGUAGUUUGAACAGCAACUAAAGUUAUGAUAUCAGAUAUAAAAUAAUGAAAAUAUUUAUUAAUAAAGAUAGGUUGUAAAAAUAUUUAAGUCUUUGUAUAACUUGAAGAGUCCAACUGUGCAUUUUCAAUUUAAUGUAGGUAUUUAUGUGUAUCAUGUGUAUGGCCUAGGUUCCUUAAAUGAGUAUUAUUAUCUACUAUCUACUAAAUAGGUAACUACAUAGGUAUAGUGUAAAAUAUGUUAGAAAAUGUAUCAGGCAAAUGA